AUGGCUUUGAACUAUUUCGAUAUUCCCGCCAUUCAGCGAGAGACCAGCCGCGUUCCUCGGGCUGGAUCCGAGAGUGUCCUGUAUGGUGUCUGGAACACCAUCCUUACAUGGCAAUUCCCCGUCCAACAGGGCUAUGUGACACGCCCCCAAGACCGUCAUACAAGCCAAGCGGGGCAGCGGGGGUUUUCAGAUUUGCAUACGUUCCAGUAUCCGUCUGCCCAACAGCGAGCCAACAAAUUUCUGAUUGUGCAAUGCAAGAGGACUGGUUUGGAAACACGAGCCUCGACCUGGGGGGAAGGUGUGCAACAACUCGAUCAAUAUCUUUCUGCAACCCACCGCACCCGGCAUGUCAACCGAACGCCGGUAUAUGGGAUAAUUGCGGUGGGCAUGUAUAUGCGCGUAUAUCUGUACGACGACGCAACCAACAGUGUUCGGGACAUUGGUGAUCCCACGGUCCCAUCUACAGCUGGACGCUUGCACCUGAAGAAUGAUCGUAUUGCUAUCCAACAGAUACUCGACCAUAUCAAGGCCAAUCACUGA